CGGAGGGUCCAAGGGUUCCGGGCCCUUUAAAAAGAAGGUUGCUGGAAAGGGGGCCGAGCCCCCGGCCAAGAAGCCGAAGACCGCCGCCCCUACCAAACAACCGAUCACCGAUGUGGUGGUGAUUGUUGACGAAGGGCACGCCUCUGCCUCCACCCCCCAGGAACAAAUCAAUCAGGAGUUCUUCGGGCGGGAGAGGUUGGAGGCGAUAGUGCCGAAGGGGGCCUCCGUGCUGGAGGGCAGUUUGAACCCUUCGGCUUUGAUGAGCCAGAUGCUGCCGUCGGCCGACCGGCUGGCCCUUACCCGGCUAGACGAGGGACCCCUCGAGGCGAAGGUCCUCCUGAAUGCCGCCUCCGCUUUCAUGGGCCUCUGCGAGCACCUCCGAAGGGUGGAUCAAAUGAGGGAGGCCAAGGGUGCCGUCGAGGGGGAGGCUGCCCUCCUCAGGAAAAAACUCGCCGAAGCCGAGGACUCUCUACGGCUGGCCACCGACGGCAUGGAGCAGAGGUUGCAGGCAGCAAGGGCCGAAGGGGUCAAUGAGGGGCUAGCCAAGGCCGGGGAGGCCGCCGCCGAGGCCGCCCGUAUCGCUGCCGAUGAAGCCCGCGCGGCUCAAGAAGCGGCCGUCUCCAAGGCUCGAGAGGAUGCGGUGGCCAGCUUCGUGGCCGAGGGGUGGAAGGCCGAAGACCGGAGGGAGUGGCUGGCUUCGGUGGUGGGGGCUUCAGUAGAUGAGUGGGUCGGGGGCCCCGGGAAGAUGUGGCUUGCUGAGAGGGGCGACUCGUACUACCAAGGCGGGGAGUUCUUCACCCAACGCCUCAUCUACCGGAAGCUUGCGAAGCACUUCCAGGUGGCACCGGAGGAGUUCCGUCCCGAGCCUUAUGGCCUCCCCCCCCGCCAGCCAGAUGUAAGGAUCCCGCUCCCCGAGGGGGAAGAGAGACCGGUUCUUGAAGACGCGGAGACCCUCCGGGAGUGCGGCCUUGGCGGUGAAGAGGAUGAAGCCGAGAGCGAGGCGAUACCUACUAUUCCCCCCUCUUAAAUUGUAUUCCCCCCUUUCGGUGUUGUAAUUUGUUGG